AACACUGUGACUUUCAUUGGUAACGCAUACAAUUGCAAUCCCCAAUGUGCAGCUUGCUUAUAUAAACUCACUACCUCUCUUCUUAUCUUCAUUUGUAUCUCUCUUUUCGUUAAUUUUUUAUUAAUUCAUGUAAAUUAGGAUUAGGGUUUAUAUCAAUUUGCACUGUACAAUUUUAAAUUAGAACUUUGUUCUCAUGCAUUCCUCUUUUCUUCAAAUAAAUCCGGUCCUAGAACCAAUUACGGGAUGCUAUUUCCUGCUCCAAAUCCAGUUCUUUCAAGAAGUGAGAGUUCAUUAGGGUUUUGUUUCUGAUUCGAAUGAACAUGGAGAGUACGCGCAGAUCGUUGGAUAGAUCUAGAGAACUGGGUUCCAAGAAGCCUCGAUUGAUCGACGAACUCAGCGCUAGACAGUUACCUCAAAGACAGCAAGGGUCCGGGACAGUUACUUCCUUGGUGUCUGCAAGGGCUCGAGUAAAUGACAGGGACACCGAAAGCAGCGAAUCAAGUCGCGGCGGUGGGUACCAGCCUCAGCCACAGCCUCACCAUGAGCUUGUGACUCAGUAUAAGACUGCGCUUGCUGAACUUACUUUCAAUUCCAAGCCCAUAAUUACAAACUUGACUAUUAUUGCUGGGGAGAAUCAGUCUGCUGCCAAGGCAAUUGCCGCCACUGUCUGUGCUAACAUUCUAGAGGUUCCAAGUGAUCAAAAACUGCCGUCUCUUUAUCUCUUAGACAGUAUUGUUAAGAACAUCGGGCGAGAUUAUAUAAAGUAUUUUGCUGUCAGAUUACCUGAGGUAUUCUGCAAGGCUUACAGACAGGUUGAUCCUAUUGUCCAUUCAAGUAUGAAACAUCUUUUUGGAACUUGGAAAGGAGUCUUUCCUCCUCAGUGCCUUCAGAUGAUUGAGAAAGAACUUGGCUUUACACCUGCAGUCAAUGGUUCAGCUUCAGUAUCUGCUACAGUCAGGAGUGAUUUGCAGUCACAACGCCCACCUCAUAGUAUCCAUGUGAAUCCAAAGUAUUUAGAAAGGCAGCGUCUCCAGCAGUCAAGUACGAGUAAAGGAGUUGUUGAUGACAUGACCGGAGCUUUAUUAAAGUCAAAUGAGGAUUCAGAGAGGCCAAAUAGAGCUUUGGGUGCUUCUCGACCAUGGCUGGAUCCUAGGAUUAACAUGCUUAAUAAUCAGCACACACAGAGAGAUGCAUUUAAUGAUUCUGUUUCUGAGAAGAGCAUUGAUGGAUCAUUUGGAGGCAGUCAAUAUGGUUCUGGCAUUUCUAGUAAUUUGGUCUCAGGUGCUGGAAGAACUGGAACUAAGCUCAUUGAUUUAGGGCAAGAAAAAACAUGGUCCAAAACAGAUGGUGGUGAUGCAGAGACCAUAUCUGGGCAAAAAAAUGGUUUCAGUCUCAAGCGUAGUCUUUCAAAUCGUGAAGCACCAAAGUCCAUAAAUUUGAAAGCACAUCGUCAGCCAGGCCUAAAUUUAACUCAGAUAUGGAACAAUAUGAUGUCAGAUAACUGGAAAAAUUCUGAAGAGGAGGAGUUCACGUGGGAUGAGAUGAACUCUGGUUUGACUGAUCAUGGACCUAAUGUGUCUAGCAAUUUGAGCACAGAUUCAUGGAUGACAGAUGAUGAAAAUUUGGAAGGUGAAGAUCACCUGCAUAUUCUACACCCUUACGGGGAAAAGGUUGAUAGGGAAAUAUCCACUGUUAAGAAACAACUGCCUGGUUUUGGUGGCCAUCCACCUUCAUCAUGGCAAUUGCAGAAGCAUCACACAAUUGAUAAGUUGACUCUGAAGCCAGGUUACUCAGAAGGAUUUGUGUCCACUAUUAGUGGCUUACCAGCCAACGCAAGUUCUUUACCUGUCAAGAAGGGGAACCAAUCUCUUACGUCAAAGGCAAUAGUAGGAAUGUCCAAAAUUGUAGAGCAACAAUUUGAUUCUGGGGAGACCGAAUCCCCUUCUGGGCAGUCACCUUCACAACGACAGUCUCCAUCACUACCAGGAACAGUAUACCACCCUCAUUCAAUGCAAAAUUUGCCUGAGCAAGAAAUGCCCCAGGAUCACAAAACAUCUCAAUUUUUGGGAGGUCCAACUGGUCAGCACAUUAGAGAUCGCUCACCUACCCUUCAUCCCGUCGUUCAGGUUGGUAACAUGCGAAGAACACAGGAAAAGGACAUGCAGGGCACGUUUCAACCAAAGCUUCAGUCACUGCAGCCCGACUCUGCUCAGGCUGAAGUUUUUGCUAAAACUAAGCUGCCCCAGUCUAAAGUUUCUUUAACCAAAGGAGUUUCAGAACAGUCGACCAAAAAUAAUUUGUCAGCUGCAGCUGUGAAGAGUGGAAUCAUUCCCAAGAAAUCAAUUACCAGUAAUCUGGAUCCAAGGAAGCAUCUAUCCAAGUCUGGGGUUCAGCUUCCUCCUUCUGGUAGGUCUUCUCCUGCCACAUUAACUUCUUCAGGGUCUGCAGUGGUAUCACCAGCUUUAUUGGAUCCUCUGCACAAAGAUUCAUCUUCACUGCCCAAAAAACCUCAAGGAAAGAUUGGACAACCACCACAAAGGCUUAAUACUCAACCACCUGCUUCCUCUAAUGUGAAUGCUGCAAAAAAUAAUGUAAACCCUAUCGCAAACCUUUUAAGCUCAUUGGUUGCAAAGGGUUUGAUAUCUGCAGAAACUGAAUCGCCGACUGUGGUACCAAGCGAGGUGCUGAAGGGAUCCAAAGAUAAAACUGCAAACAUUAGCACCAAUAGUUCUUUCCCAGUUACAUCAGUUUCUGAUUCUGCAGCUGUCCCAGCAUCAUCUGCCAGAGAUGAGGAAGACGCUUCUACAAAAUCCUCUCUACCCUCAGCUCAAUCAACUAGCACGAAAAUCAGAAAUCUCAUUGGCUUUGAUUUUAAACCUAAUGUAAUUCGAGAAUUCCAUGAACCGGUAAUUAGGGAAUUAUUGGAUGAUUUCUCUCAUCAUUGCAAAAUUUGCAGUAUUAGGUUUAAACAAGAACAGCAGUAUAAGAGACACUUGGAGUGGCAUGCCACAAGAGAACAUGAUCCAAUUAAAGUAUCCAGAAGUUGGUAUGCUAAGUCAAGUGAUUGGAUUGCUGGCAAGGUAGAAUACUCAUCUGAGCUUGAGUUUACCGACUCUGUUGUUGUACACGACAAAGAAACAGACAGCAGUCAAUUGGAUACGAUGAUUCGAGCAGAUGAAAAUCAGUGUUUGUGUGUACUGUGUGGCGAGCUAUUUGAAGAUGUGUACUGUCACGAAAGGAACGAGUGGAUGUUCAAAGGGGCAGUUUACAUGAACUGCUUGGAUUUCAAUGACGAGAUGGAAAGUAGAAAUGUGGGUCCCAUCAUUCAUGCCAAAUGCCUAUCAGAGAAUUCAAUUGUCACCAAUUUGGGUAAUGAUUAAUGGUUUGUCUCUAGCAUUGCGCUAUGGUGUAGUCAGAAGCUUACCAAGGGUAUCCACCCAGUUUCACAUUGCAUACUAAAUUUUGAUGAUCCUUUAUACUCAAAAUUUAUUGCCUCCAACUGGUCCUUAGAGCGGUUAAACAAAUUUUGUGCUCUUUUUGUUUUAUUGUACUUUUACCGGGAAAAAAAUUGCGUAGUGUUCAACUAUAUAAAUGAGCGAAACUUAAUCGUC